GAAAAAAGCCAUAGUUGAUCGGAUCGGACGGUCCACCUCAAGUGGAGAACAACCUAUAAAAACCAAACCCUACUCUCUCUUUCUCUCGUCCCGCCGCUGCCGACUCCGCCUCCUCCUCCCUGUCCAUCUCUCUGAGCUUGCACUCUCCGGCGAAAAUGCCUUUCAAGCGAUACGUCGAGAUUGGGCGGGUCGCCCUCGUCAACUACGGGAAGGAGUACGGAAGGCUCGUCGUCAUCGUCGACGUAAUAGACCAGAACAGAGCUUUGGUUGAUGCUCCUGAUAUGGUCAGAACUCAGAUGAAUUUUAAGAGGCUGUCGCUCACAGAUAUCAAAAUUGACAUCAAGAGGGUCCCCAAGAAGAAGACACUUAUCCAAGCGAUGCAAGAAGCUGACGUGCAAGGUAAGUGGCAAAAGAGCUCGUGGGGCCGUAAACUUAUAGUACAGAAGAAGAGGGCAUCCCUUAAUGACUUCGAUAGAUUCAAGCUUAUGCUUGCAAAAAUCAAGAGGGGUGGCCUGAUCCGGCAAGAGCUCUCGAAGUUGAAGAAGGAGGCUUCAGCAUAAAUUCCAAGUCUUUUGAGUUUAACUAGAUCUUGUUUUCGAGUCUUUUUCGGAUCCGUGGUAUCCGACAUUGACCAUUUCUUGAUCGAUUUCCAUCUACAUUGGACUGAGUUUUACGGGAGUUUAGAGUUAAAAGUGUUGUUUUCGGAAUGUCAAAUUCGUUUCGAAAGGUUAAUUUUUGCAUUUCAUCUUUGUCCCGUUCUUGUUUAAGGCUUAUACAGUGUCGCCAGGACGCAAUGGAAAUAUUCCAAAUGAUUAUC